AUGAAUACAACGAUGGCAUCCAACACAACCACAGCAUCGACACUAACUACGACGAUAGAUUACUCUUUACUUUUAGUAAAUCGAGUUGCAACUAUUCGAAUCUAUCAGAUUGGAUAUACAUUUACGUUUCUACUUGGUUUUCCUGGUAAUAUUGCAAGCUUAAUUACAUUUUCACGACCAACACUACGAAAAGUAUCAACCGGAUGUUUGUUCAUUGUUUUGGCUAUAUCCGACACAUUAUAUUUACUUAUGUGUGUAAUUGAUUAUCUUGAAUUUGGUUUCAAAGUUUCUUAUCAACGCCUAUCAUAUGAUGAUUUUUGUCGAUUUCGUACAUUUGUUAUGUGCGUAUCACAAAUAGCAUCAGCAUGGAUAUUAGUUAUAGUUUCACUUGAUCGAUGGAUACGAACACGAUUUCCGUUCAAAUCAGGUUCAUUAUGUACACCAAAAAACGCUUUACUAACUGUUGGUGUAAUGCUUGUUGUGGAUAUGCUUUUCAAUGCUCCUUUGCUUACACCAUUGUUUGGGGGAUUUAUACCUGGCUUAGCAAUUGCAGCAUGCGGACCAAGUUUUAACAAUCUAACAUAUUUUUUCUUCUAUUAUUUGCAAUGGAGUAUAAUUCAGAUCUUUACUACUUGUAUAAUACCAGCAACUAUCAUGUCGAUACUUAUUAUCGAUAUAUCAAUUAGUACUCAUCUUCGUAGAAAAGCAAUGGCUCGACAAAAUCAAGCAUGGGAUUUAGAUAAAAGUGCACAACGAAAAAAUAUGCUUCAAAGACAGAUGUUCAUUCUUAUGUUUGGAAGUGUUUGUAUUUUCCUAAUUACAUCACUUCCGGUGGGUCUGUAUAAAAUAGUAUCACCACGAAAUGCUGCUAUAUAUGUACUGACGGAUGCAUUAGACAUACUUAUUAUGUGGACAGGUUUUGGUUGGUCUCAAAGUCUUUUAUAUGCAGUCAGUUUUUAUGUUCAUUGCCUCAGUUCAAAUUUAUUUCGCAAAGAAUUUAUGGCAAUAAUGAGAACUGUGUCGAAUAGAAUUCAUCCACGAACAGAGGUUAUUGAAAUAACACAAAGAGAGCGACGUACUAAUAUUGCUACAAUUUCCAGAAAACAAUGA